AUGGCACGUGCUUCGGGAAAUCGUAUGAGGCCAGGUGUCACCCAUCUGGACAGGAACCUCUUCCGAUCAGCUGUGAGCGAGCUGCGGUUUGUUCCUCUGAGGGUAAGGAAAGGUAACACUAACCCGAGGAAAGGCGAAGAGCACUGAGCUAUUCUUUUGCAGGACGAGUUAUAUUUCUGAGCCAGCCGCAAGACAGUUAGAGACCGCAGUGUGUGCUUCAUGGCGGAUGUUCUUGCAAAUAGAAAAUUAGUCCCGCAUUUUCUCUCGCUUGCGAAUGUAGGCGACGAUAGUGUGCAAUGGUAACGGAAGAGGGGGUGUGUAUAUCGGCUCACUUUCCAAAUUCUUAAUACUCUUGUUGACAUAAGACUCCACGUAUAUAGGCAUAUUAUAUUCAUUCUAUAAUAUAAAUAUAUAAAUAAUAUAAAUAUGUCUUUAUGCAAAUGAAUGUUAAAUUAAAGGCAUUUCCAAGUCAUAUUUCCCUUCUUCGAUCUCAACCAAUGUUUUCUGGACGAAAUGUAAUUUUUCCCAAUACAAAUUCAACUGUAUCCGACAUAAAUUAAAUAUUUUCCAAACCAAAUUUAACCUUU